AUGUCCGCCGCUGGCGCCACACAUCCAUCCCGAAUAGUGGAGGAGCCAAUCGAUAGGUCCGAUGAACAGGCGCUUUCGUCAAUUAUCGAAGCUUGCGUCACACAUACAUCCAGAAUAGUCGAGGAGCCAACCUAUACGUCCGAUGAACCGGCGCUUUCAUCAAUGUCCGCCGCUGGCGCCACACAUUCAUCCCGAAUAGUGGAGGAGCCAACCGAUACGUCCGAUGAACCGGCUCUUUCGUCAUUGUCCGCCGCUGGCGCCACACAUCAAUCCCGCAUAUUGGAGGAGCCAACCGAUACGUCCGAUGAACCGGCGCUUUCGUCAAUGUCCGCCGCUGGCGCCACACAUCCAUCCUGAAUAGUGGAGGAGCCAACCGAUACGUCCGAUGAACCGGCGCUUUCGUCAAUUAUCGCCGCUUGCGUCACACAUCCAUCCAGAAUGGUCGAGGAGCCAACCGAUACGUCCGAUGAACCGGGCUUUCUUCAAUGUCCGCCGCUGGCGCCACACAUCCAUCCCGAAUAGUGGAGGAGCCAAUCGAUAGGUCCGAUGAACAGGCGCUUUCGUCAAUUAUCGAAGCUUGCGUCACACAUACAUCCAGAAUAGUCGAGGAGCACACCGAUACGUCCGAUGAACCGGGCUUUCUUCAAUGUCCGCCGCUGGCGCCACACAUCCAUCCCGAAUAGUGGAGGAGCCAAUCGAUAGGUCCGAUGAACAGGCGCUUUCGUCAAUUUAUCGAAGCUUGCGUCACACAUACAUCCCGAAUAGUUUAGGAGCCAACCGAUACGUCCGAUGAACCGGGCUUUCGUCAAUGUCCGCCGCUGGCGACACACAUCCAUCCCGAAAGGUGGAGGAGC